AUGGAUUGGGGGAUGGAUGGAUGGAUGGAUGGAUGGAUGGAUAUUGAAACGGAGAGUGGGUCGGAGAUCGAGAACGAUGCCGAGCUGAUGGACAGCUUGCUGGCGCUCCAAGUACAGCCCAACAAAAGAGCCCUGAUCAGAAGAAGCCUGAUGGGCUCUAAGGUUCAGAUUCAAGGUAAACACAUUUCGUCCUCAUCCCAAGAGGUGCAGAGGCGGGCGAUUGUUGGAGAAGAAUUGAAUUGGAAACGAGGAGCCGAAAAAACAUCAGGCGAUGAUCUGGACGAGCGGAUAUAUCAGCUGAAACGCUGCCAGAGUCUUGAAUCUUGGACCAGCUUGGUUUGGAGAAGCGUAGACUGA